AUGGACCAGGUCUCAAGUUUCCUUGAGGGGAUAUUGACGGUGGACGCCAGCGCCCCCGUGUCCAAUCCCAUCGCUGGCUCCAAAUCUGACAGUAUAUGGACAGGUGAGCUCGACUUCUCAUCGUUGUGGAACUACGGCAAGAACUCCGAAAGCUCCUCCAAGACCGCUGGCGCAGCCUCGGGAGCUGCAGGCUCGUCUGCCUCCAACAGACCCUCCACCAACUCGUCCAUGUUGACCGACAAGCUCAUAGAGAAGAUGAUCCUGAUGAUAAUACCGAUGAACGUGGAGGGCGAGCAGUCGUCCCGCAUCCUCAGCGAAAGAAUCGAGAUGCAGAAGUUCAGGCCCCAGUUGUCCAUGAACAUCAUGUCCAUUAACUCGGUCCAGUUCAACCAGAGAUUGUCGGCAGUGUUCUACAUGAUCGACAACGUCAUCAUGCUCAUGAACUGGACCAGUCCUGCCUAUACAAUUGGCAUGUUGCUCGUGGCGACCCACCUCAUCUUGAACCCCUAUUUGGUGAGUGUGCUCCCGGUGGUACUCCUCAUGAAAAACUUCUUGGUGCCCUACUACUUGUUGAUCUAUACCCCCGACAACUCUUUGGUGCCAGAUCUCCUUGAUUACAACCCCAUUCCAGCGGCCGCGGCACUCAACACCUACAAGACCCCGGGUCCAGUUCCCCAGCUAUCAAGAGAAUUCAUCCUCAACUUGACAGACUUGCAAAACCACAUGGUGCCUUACAUCAUAGCCUACGACUACUUCGUGUGGCUCACAGAAGACUACCUUUAUUACAAGAACGAGAACAUCACGUCCGUCAUAUACUUAGCGUUAUUGGCUUUGGGCAUUAAUAACGUGGUGUUUUUCCCAAAGAUAUUUCCCUAUCUUAUACGAAACGUGUUGGUUUUAAAGCUUCUUGGAAUAGCCACUGUUUGGGGCUCGGUGAUAAUGUUCCACCCACAAGUUAGAGGCAGAAUUUUGGAGUGGGUUUAUAACGAAGAUACGAGAUUGAACCUUUUGCAUAUUACAGAUAAGAUAGAGCAGAAGUUGGUGAGGGCCCUUGUUGAUUUAGAAAACAGCUCCAAACAAGGGGAAUCGUCCAAGGAAGAUCAGUUCGAAGAUGAACGUGAGGUGGAAAUAUUUGAAUUGCAGAAAUUCAAUAAGAAAGCCAAAAUGUGGGAACUGGUGGGAUUCACCGAUAACUUCUACACCAUAAACGUGGCUUCACGCAAGUAUAACCUGUUGGUGAAGUCCAAAGUGAGCGAAUCGGAAGAUAAUGAAAUUACGAACGAAAAUGAAAUAUUAGGCGAGCUUAUCAAAGUUAAUAAGAAAAAAGCCCUAAAGGAUAUCUUGCCUCCAAAGAACUGGAAAUUCUUGGGUAAUAAGUGGAUUAUGGACCUUGACACUAAGGGAUGGGUGCAACAGAACCUCAUUGAAGAUUUGGUGAUGAUAGAUGACGAUGAAAAGUGGGUUUAUGAUUUUCAGGAGCCGGAGGUCCUCAAUGAGAAGACUGAAGACAAAGCUGCCGAUGAUAAGACUAAAACCAACCUGUCAGAUUUCUACAGAAGGAGGAGAUGGAUACGAGUGUGUUGCAGGGAG